UGUGACACUGACAUUAUUGCUGUGCUAUUGCCGCCUGUUGAAAUUUUGUUUGGCGCACGUUUAUCUAACAAACGGCGUGGUUUCAAGUGAAUUUGUCCCUUGUUAGAGGUUUAUAAUGGAAUUCUUAGAAUAUAAUGAUGUAUCAGCAGAGAUCAAAGGAGCUAUGGUGCCAGGACGUUUAAAAAUGACCGAUCAGAAUAUUAUAUUCAAGAACAGCAAGACCGGAAAAGUGGAACAAAUAUCGUCUAACGAUAUUGAACUAGUAAAUUUCCAGAAAUUCGUAGGAUCUUGGGGCUUGAGAAUAUUCAUGAAGAAUGGUACACUACAUAGAUACGGAGGCUUCAGAGAAGGGGAACAAGAAAAAGUAGCCAAGUUCUUCAAAUCAAACUACAAUAAAGACAUGUUGGAGAAAGAGUUGUCCCUCAAGGGCUGGAACUGGGGCACGGCCAAGUUCAACGGGGCGGUGCUCAGCUUCAAUGUGGGAUCUAACACCGCUUUCGAGAUCCCGCUGCAUUAUGUGUCGCAGUGUAAUACAGGGAAGAAUGAAGUUACACUUGAGUUUCAUCAGAAUGAUGACACCCCAGCAUCCCUAAUGGAGAUGCGUUUCCACAUCCCAACAAACGAGCUGGCCGGCGAUAUGGACGCCGUGGAAGCGUUCCACCAGCAGGUCAUGAACAAGGCCAGCGUCAUCUCCGUCUCCGGUGAUGCCAUCGCCAUCUUCAGGGAGCUACAGUGUCUUACACCUAGAGGUCGCUACGACAUCAAAGUGUUCCAAACCUUCUUCCAACUGCACGGUAAAACGUUCGACUACAAGAUCCCCAUGUCGACCGUGCUCCGCCUGUUCCUGCUGCCGCACAAGGACACGCGGCAGAUGUUCUUCGUGGUGUCGCUGGACCCGCCCAUCAAGCAGGGCCAGACCAGAUACCAUUACUUGGUGCUGCUGUUCGGCAUUGAAGAGGAGACGAGCUUGGAGCUGCCUUUUACUGAGGAAGAACUGAAAGAAAAAUACGAGGAUAAAAUAAAAAAAGAGCUUUCGGGACCAACUUAUGAAGUGUUGGCAAAGAUUAUGAAGGUCAUCAUAAACAGGAGAGUCACAGGCCCAGGCGACUUCUUAGGCCACCACAAAACACCAGCAAUAGCGUGCUCAUACAAGGCAGCUGCCGGCUACCUGUACCCGCUAGAGAAGGGCUUCAUCUACGUGCACAAGCCGCCCGUCCACAUCCGCUUCGAGGAGAUCGCCUCCGUCAACUUCGCCAGAGGAGGCGCCUCCUCCACCAAAUCGUUCGACUUCGAGAUCGAGCUGAAAUCGGGCAGCGUGCAUACGUUCAGCAGCAUCGAAAAGGGAGAAUACGACAAGCUGUUCGACUACAUCACCUCCAAGAAGCUACACGUCAAGAACACCGGCAAGAACGACAAAGCCCUAUACGACGACGACUUCGGCGACUCGGACACGGAGAAGGAGCCCGACGCGUACCUGGCGCGCGUGAAGGCCGAGGCCAAGGAGCGCGACAGCGACGAUAGUGAUGACGAGAGCACGGACGAGGACUUCAACCCCGACAAGGCUAAGGAGAGCGACGUCGCUGAGGAAUACGACACGAAUCCAUCGUCGUCGGAAGACUCUGACGCGUCGAACGCGUCCGGCGACGACAAGAAAGAGAAGAAGAAGGAAAAGAAACCCAAAAAGGCUAUCACUAUUUCCGAAGCACCCCGUAAACGCAAAGACAAAACGAAGAAGGAAAAAGACGCAAACGCGCCCAAACGACCCGCGACCGCCUUCAUGCUGUGGCUGAACGAGAACCGCAAGAAGAUCACGGAGGAGAACCCCGGCAUCAAGGUCACCGAGAUCGCCAAGAAGGGCGGCGAGCUGUGGCGAGAUCUCAAGGACAAGUCUGAAUGGGAAGAGAAAGCCGGCAAAGCGAAAGAAGAAUACAACGCGGCCAUGAAGAAAUACAAAGACAGUGGCGCCGCCGACGAGUUCAAACAGAAGAAGAAACAAGCGGCCAAGGAAGCUAAAGCGGCCGAGAAAAAGAGCAAAGCGCCCGCUAAAAAGAGCAAGAAUACCAGCGCCGGGUCCGGUUCGGGCAAGUUUACUAGCAAGGAGUAUAUCGAGGAUGAUGAUAGCUCGUCGGACUCAGAUAAUGACAAGAAGAAGAAGGAUACUAAAGAUAGCAAAGACUCGAAGAAAGAAAAGGCGAAAGCAAAGAGUUCUUCAGAAUCAGAAGCCGAGGCAUCCGCUUCCGGGUCGGGCUCCGACGAAAGCGGCAGCGGGAGCGAUUAAUGUGCUCACCAUUAGUCUAAUAAAACAUGGUCUUCUCUUCCCAGAGUGACACAAGCCUACGUCACAAUAACAUGGCCGCUAUAUAUAGCGCUAUCGCAUAUUAUCAUAUAACGCUGUCGCAUGAUGACGUAGGCUUGUGUCAGUCACGUGACCACGAAAAGACGGGAAGAGAGUACCAGGCGGAGUAUAUUAUUAUACCAUGUGUGCUCACUAUACAUUUAGAUAGAGUACAACACAUGAAUACAUUAGAACUGUCAUUUUGGAAUAAGAACUGGAUAGGUAUGCUCGAGAGUAGUGUUGGUCAACGUGUAGUUUGCCCAGUGGGCUGUCAAGAAGUUGUAAGCGUUUUUUUUUUCUUAGAAAUGUAAUGUUUUUAUUAACACAUUUAUCGCCCGGCCACAACAAUUUCGUCAUGUAAAGCAGUAGUGCCACGAUCCAGACUAUCGGGUCAUUCGGCCUGGCCUGGGAACGAAAUCAUAAAAUACCCCGUUAAAUGACCUGAUCGGCGGACUCCAAGUACGAAAGUGUGUACGAGAGUGACCCAAACAUCGAGAUUUGUUAACUUAAAAUAAAGUUUGGUGACAUGUGUUGAAAUUAAAAAUAAAUUUGUAAUGAACCUGCACUGUUGGACGAUUGUGAAAGGAAAAGAAAGUUGUUCUUAAGAAAUAUACAGGGUGUUUGGUACAUCGUUUGCCAAAUUAAAACGGCAGAUAGGUUGAGUCAUUUGCUAUCUUCUCAUGCCUAGAAAAACAAAAUUGGCCCUGGUUUUUUUUACCACUACGCAAGUAAAAAUUUGAAAUUUACGCAAAACUGUGAUAGAAGUGAAAAAUAAAUUUGCACCAAAUUAAAAAUUUCUAGGCCUGAGAAGAUAGCAAAUGACUCAACCUAUCUGCCGUUUUAAUUUGGCAAACGAUGUACCAAACAUCCUGUAUAUAAUAAUUCCAUGUCUGUAAUUGUAACAGGAUGUUGGGUCAUUUCAUGAAUAAGUACUUGCAAAAAUCGCUGCUCUUUAGCAUUAAAGUUGAAGAAAACCAUUACCUACAACGUAUUAAUGUACAGUGCUCAAUACUUUCGUUAAACAAUAGUAUAGAAAAAGCUGUAAAAACAUUAAGAUAUCUUGAGCGUUGCUCAUUUUUUUUAGAACGUGUUUACAUAUUCCUUAUAGGUAUGUACAGUCGUCCUCAAAGAUAUGUUUACACUUUUGUACCUUACUCCCUUGUAAAUUAGGCGAAAAAUGUAAACAUCUUUGACGUCGACUGUACUUGUACAAGUUACAGCAUUGUAUAUGGUUAUUUCAAGAUGAUAAUUGUUUCCUGUAUAAAUACAUCCAUUCAGGCUGGUUACCUUAUUAUUACUGUAGGUUUUCCUUAUUUCCUCCGAAACGCUAAUAUACCUACAUGAAACCAAAGAUAUAUUGAUUAAGUAAGAUGUGUAAAAUCUAAGACAAUUCGUGCUUCGAAUUUGACAGGUUAACGAGAUGGCGCUGUACAGCUCUACACGGUGUAACAUGAGGAAACCGAAUAAUUUUAACCACGCAUUUCUGAGGUCAAAAGAAGGAAAAUAUGUGUUUAGGUCAAUUUCGCCAAAAAAAAUGUUUUUUUGUUUUUUUUUUUUAAAUUUUGUAUGUAUUUGUACAUACAAAAUAAACAUUUAUUACUUACUACUAAACUUGUCACUUAAAAUUGAAGUUUACAUUUUUUUUUCCGUAAAACCUACUUUUUGCAAAGUGUUACUUGUCACUUUUUAACAUCUAUCAAUAAGGAUAUUUAGACUACGUCCCGUCCCAUAGCAGCAACAUCACCAUCAAAUAGGGCUUUUACACUAUGUAACAAUAAAAACUUGUUAUUUUUAAAAUUAAUAUUAUCACUGAAACUAGGCGAAUGUCAAAAAAGUUUAUAGGAAUUUUUGUCUCCAAAUAUGAUCAGGAAUACGCUGUUACAAUUAUUCGGUUUCCUCAUGUUACACCGUGUAUACUAAACUGGUAACUAAUUGUCAAAAGUUGACGUGUGCCAAUUCAGUGACCGCAAAACAUAUGGCGCAGUACAGGGCCAUCUCUUUUGGAUGUCUAACUAAGGGGCACGUUUUUUUUUUCUUAGAUUUUACCUCUCUAUUAUAAUCAAUUCUCUUUGAUUAAUCAAAAUCCAUACAAAGGAAACUGACAAAUUAUCAUGAUUAUGUUUUUAUUUAAUUGGAAGCUAACGUUUAUGUAUAAAGUAAGCUAUGUCCUAAAGAAGCUGUGCUUUUUGGUUAAAUGUUAUUGUUAAAAUAUUAUAAUCAGCCUGAAAUAUAUAGUCAGACCGUAAAAAGUCUGCAGCGAUUUUGAUAGCCCACGCAGAGCAAGUGUCAUUUUAAACGUCCAACUUCUAUGAAAUUAUGACGUAUACAUAACACUUACACUGCGUGGGCUAUCAAAUCCGCUGCAGACUUUGUUUGGUGCGACUAUAUGAAUAUGAUUGAAAUUUUCAAUAACUUCUAACUAAAUAAUGAUAGUACUUACACUAAACAACAGGAUUAAGUGUUCCAUAUUUCUUAGGCUGAAUAUAAUAUGUGUGUCCUAAUGUAAAAUUGUGAUAAUGUUUGUAAACCAUUCCUGUCUAACGAAUGAUCUGUUUUGUACCAAUAAUAACCUGUAAAUAUAAUUAAGUAAUUGUUAAUUAUUAAUUUUCUUAUAUCCCGUUCAAAUCUCUUCAUUGAUACUACAUAACACAUUGUAUGGCAAAAAUAAAAUACCCUGCUUAAAAAAACCUUCAGUAUCCCAAAAAUAAUAGUAUGUACCUAUACUGGUUUUUUUUUUUUUAUAGACUGCUCAAAUAUCACCAUAAAUCUAAAAUUGGAGAUUGUCGCCAAUUUCUUUUCUGAUCAAAUUGGUCGUCUGGACGGGCCUUUAUUGGAAACGUAACGAGUAAGAUAAAUGUGCGAAAGAUUGUUUGUGAUUGUUUAUCUUGUAAGGUUUAAAUUACAAUAGCUUUAAUACCUACGUUUA